AUGGGUUUAGAAGACAACAAGUUCUUACAAAAGUUUAUCAAGUUCGGUGAAAAGAAAGCUGGCUCAACGACCAGAGGUAUUUUAGUCGGUCUAUUCGCUGCUUUUGGUGGGUUUAUAUUCGGCUAUGACACAGGUACAAUCUCGGGUAUAUUAGCUAUGGACUACGUCAAACACCAAUUCCCUUCAAGUAGUCAUUCUGCUGAUCCAAAUUUUACUUCUAGUGAAAGUUCCCUAAUUGUUUCUAUCUUAUCUGUUGGUACAUUUUUUGGAGCCUUAUUGGCCCCACUCCUUUCUGAUAGGAUUGGUCGUAGGUGGACGUUAAUCAUUUCUUCUUUAAUUGUUUUCAAUCUCGGUGUCUUAUUGCAAACAAUCUCCGUCGCAAUUCCAUUGUUAGUAGCAGGCAGAUGUAUUGCUGGUUUAGGUGUUGGUUUGAUAUCUGCUGUUAUUCCUCUAUAUAUUGCCGAAACUACACCCAAAUGGAUCAGAGGUGCUGUUAUUUCCACAUAUCAAUUUGCAAUCACUAUUGGAUUAUUCAUUGCUGCCUGUGUGAACAAAGGUGUUUCUGAUAGGAACGAUUCUGGCUCUUACAGAAUACCAAUUGCUUUACAAUUCUUGUGGGGGUUAAUAUUAGGUGGAGGGAUGCUCUUAUUGCCAGAAACUCCAAGAUUCUGGGUCUCGAAAUCCAACGAAGACAAAGCUUUAGAUUCUUUAAGAAGGUUAAGAAAACUUCCAACCGAUCACCCUGAUUUAAUUGAAGAAUACAAGGACAUUAAAGCUAAUUUCGAAUUCGAAUCUCAAUUUGGUAAAGCGAGCUGGUCUCAAGUCUUUAAGAAUGUCAACAAACAACACAAGAGAUUGUUUAUGGGUGUCACAAUCCAAGCUUUACAACAGUUAACCGGUAUUAACUUCAUUUUCUAUUAUGGAACUCAAUUUUUCCAAAAGUCGGGUAUUAAAAAUCCUUUCCUUGUCCAAUUAGCUACUAAUAUUGUGAAUGUUGGUAUGACUAUUCCCGGAAUUACUUUGAUUGAAUUUGUAGGUAGAAGAAACUUAUUAUUAAUUGGUUCUGUGGUGAUGUCUGUCUCUCAAUUGAUUGUUGCGGCUGUUGGUGUUGCGACAGAUUCCCAAGCUGCCAACCAAUGCUUGGUUGCUUUCACUUGUAUCUUCAUCGCAGGCUUCGCUUCUACUUGGGGUCCAUUGUGCUGGGCAGUUGUUGCAGAAACUUAUACCAUCAAUGUUAGACAAAAAUCCAUUGCUCUCUGUGUUGCUUCCAACUGGUUAUGGAACUUCGGUAUUGGUUAUGCUACUCCAUACAUGGUCGAUUCUGGUCCAGGUAAUGCUAAUUUAGGCUCUAAAGUUUUCUUCAUCUGGGGUGGUUGUAAUGCUAUUGGUUUCUUAUUCGUCUAUUUCUUCGUGUACGAAACUAAGGGAUUGACAUUGGAAGAAGUUGAUGAAUUAUAUAUGAAAGUUGACAACGCCUGGAAAUCCAAGGGGUUCAUUCCUUCAGAACAUGUCUUCAGAGAAGAUUCCCCUAGUUCUAUGUCUGAUGACGGUAAAGCUGAAAUUCUUAUGGACUCGGCUUAA